AUGCCAGAGAUUCAGAGCAGUACAACACAGGAAGAGGAAGCAAGUGAGAAUGAGAAGACAGACAAUCAGGACAGAAACACCACAGGAAAACUUGUAUACCUAAGUACCACUAGCAGACCUGAUAUUGUAACCAGUAUUGGUUACAGGAAAACAAGUGCACCUAGCAAGAAAGAGUGGGUUGCAAUUGUUUGCCAAAAUCUAAGUGGGCCUUUACAGGACAGUACUUUUUCUGUUCAAGAAGAAAACAGACCAGGAGUGCAAUAUUUAUAUCGGUUUACAUUUGAGCCUCCUGUUGCCAGUUUGAGACUGACGGGUGAAAAAGAAGGCAUCAUAGACAUUUCCCCAAAGGAUGGAAUUCUGUAUCUGAAUGGAUCUCUAGACUGGGAAACAAAGAAUGUUUACAAGUUACAGGUGGAAGGUCUGGAUGCAAAUGGUGUGAAAGUGAAAGGCCCAUAUUCAAUCACUAUAAAUGUUGAAGACAUCAAUGACAAUCCGCCCCAAUUUGAUCAAAAUGCAUACUAUGGAGUAGUAAGGCAAAACUCCCGCCCAGGAAAGCCCUUCAUGUAUGUCACUGCUCAUGAUCGUGAUGACCCCAGCACCCCACAUGCACAGCUGACCUACAGAAUCCAUCAUCAUUUCCCCAACCCUUACCCUGAGAUGCUUUUUCAGAUUGACAAUGUCACAGGAGCAAUUUCUACAACCCCCACUGGGGCUCUUAAAUUAAAUCCCCAGGAUGUGGAUAGAUUUAUCCUGGACAUUUCAGUGCAGGACAUGGCAGGACAGUCUGUGAAUUCUUUCAAGACUAACGUUGAUGUGAAUGUCACUGUCAUGGAAAAUCUUUGGAAGGCACCUCCGCCUGUAAAGAUCACAGAGAAUUCUACUGAACCGCACCCCAUCAUCAUUGCUCAGGUGCAGUGGAACGAGCCAGGUGCCAAGUAUGAAAUCUUACAAAAGGAGAAACCUGCUAUUGAAAUCCCAUUUACAGUUGACCGAGAUGGGAACAUUUAUGUGACUCGACCACUGGACAGAGAAGAAAAAGCUUUUUAUUCAUUCUUUGUAGGGCCAAAAGACAACGACGGAGAAUGGCUGGCCUACCCAGUGGCUGUUAGUGUCACAGUGCAAGACAUUAACGAUAAUCCCCCUGUGUGUGACAAAGCUCUGGCUAUUUUUGAAGUGCAGGAGAACGAAGGUGUAGGGAAUGAUAUAGGAAUUCUGAAGGCUUCAGACCGAGAUGAGGAAGGUUCCCUUAAUUCUCGCUUGAAGUACCGUAUUGUAGAGCAGAGCCCUCAAAUCCCUUCAGGGAACAUGUUCCGCAUCGAAUUGGAAAGUGGGAAGUUCCAGUUAUUUAGUUCUGAAUUAAACAGACGGGUAGCUUCUAAUUACUCUGUGAAGGUGGAAGUGGCAGAUCCAGCAUUCAAAACACUGUGCAAUGUGGAAAUACAUGUCAUUGAUAUCAAUGAUCAGAUCCCCGUGUUUGAAAAAUCAGAUUAUGGCUCUCUUACUUUGCCAGAAGACAAACCAGUUGGAACUAUAUUGUUGGAAAUUCAAGCUACUGAUGCUGAUGAGCCAUUCACUGGAAGCUCUCAAAUCAUAUACACAUUCACAAGCGGAGAUCCAAACAAUACUUUUUUAAUAGAGACUGAUCCAAAGACAAACAAAGGAUAUGUUAAAAUUAAGAAGGUUCUUGAUUUUGAAACUUCACCGGUGCAUAACCUUAUCAUCAGUGCCACAAACCCCGAACCUUUGGUGGCAGGGGUACAGUACAAUUCAAGCUCUCUUGCUUACCUGAGAGUUAAUGUACUAGAUGUGAACGAAGCACCAGUUUUCGUCAAUGCCCCCUACAUAGUUGAUAUCCUUGAAAGUGCUCCUGUAGGUGCCAAGGUGGUGACCCCGUUAGCCUUUGAUCCUGAACGAGAUUGGAUAAGGUUCACGCUGAAAAAUGACCACAGGAAAUGGCUGAGGAUUGACCCUGCGAAUGGCACUGUAUAUAUAGCUGCUUCAAUGGAUCGGGAAAUGGAACGUACCUACAUGGUACAAAUAGUUGCAACUGAGGAAACUAAAGAGUCUCGGAGCUCCACAGCACAAGUAAUCAUACACCUCAGAGACGUGAAUGAUAACCCACCGACACUACCAGAAGACUUUUCUUUGUUCUUCUGCCACCCACUCCAAGGAAAUGAGAAUGGAAAGAUGAUUCAAGUUGUUGACCCUGAUGAACAUUCACACUAUCAAAGGUUCACUUAUGCUCUCCUGGGUGGAAACACAAUGCAACGUGACUGGAAUCUUUCGAAAGUGGAAGGAAAACAUGCAUACAUCGCCCCGAAGAACAGAAAUCUUGAACCAAAUAUCUAUGAGAUACCAAUAGAAAUUAAUGACAAUGGAAAGCCACCUUUGGCUGGACAUGUCAUUCUGAAAGUAAAUGUGUGUGUAUGUGGAGAUGAUGGGUCGUGCUUCAGAGAAGUCAUAAGGGACGCACGUCCAACUGUAGCAAUGGCUGUUGGCAUCCUGGUUGCUGUACUGGUAGUUAUUGGUAUCAUUUUAGGGAUUGUAUUUUUUCGCCUGAAACGCAAGAAGGAGAAAGAGCAAAAAGCCAACCCAGUAACUGCCGUGAACCCAUCAGAAUUAAGAAACUUGACGUAA